UUGCCAUUUCAAAUUAAAGAUAUCAGUGCCACAGAGAACGGCAAAGAGUCUCUUGUGGUCAUAUCUGAGAUUGGUGCACAGAUCUCUUUUAAUGGCACAAUGUUUUCCAUCAACCUCCCAUGGCAAAAGUUCCACGGUAACACAGAAGGCCAUUGUGGUAUUUGUGAUAAUAACCACAAAAAUGAUUGUCGCUUGCCAAAUGGCACCAUUAUAUCAUCUUGCCAAGAAAUGGCUCCAUAUUGGAAUGUUCAUAACAACAACAACAACAACAAAAACAACAACAACAAAACCCUUCUGUCACCAAGACAUCGGUCCAUAUCAGUGCCAUGCCCUUCUUCUGCAAUAUGCAAAAUCUUCGAACGCAAUUGGCUGUGCCAGACUGGAGGCCUAUGCUAAGAAAUGUGCUAUGGCAGGAGUAUGUGUUGACUGGAGAGAUGCUACCAAUGGAAUGUGUGAUUUUAAAUGUAAAAUGCCACAGAUAUAUCUAGCAUGUGGUCCUCAAGUGGAACCAACCUGUGAUGGAAGAUUUAAUCUAAACAAUAAUGCAAUAAAAGAUAAUGCAUUAAGUAAUUUUAAAUCCAUGCAACGGGAGGGAUGUUACUGCCCAAGUGGUACCACACUUUUGCGACAUAAAUCUAAUGUCUGCGUUCCAAGCUGUGCAGGUUAUAAGGACGUCACAACUUUCGGCUAUGAGAAACUUGGGGCAGCAGCCUGAGGUUCACAGUUCCCCACCGUACACCAUUCAGCACAUCAGAUUUCAGCAAAACACCAGCACGAGAACCAGAAACAUUUCGGUUUUAAAAAAGGGAUGAAAUAGAACGGUUACACGUGAAUCAAGAUGUUACUUUUAAAUGUUAAAUGUAAAAAAAAAAAAAUGUUUGUUAAAAAAUUUUACAUAUAGGUAAUAUAUAAAUUACUAAAAAGUAUAAAAAUAUGCUGUAUUUAGAAGUGUAUUCAUACAAUUUAGAGGGCAUAUUGUUUAAACAGUGGUGUAGGUUUUAUUUUAUUUUUUACUCCAAAUUGCUUGCUCUCAAUCUCUACCAGUCGUCUCUGUAUCAAUAUCUAUAGUGUGAUUGUUUAGUGUGAUUGUUUUUAAAGCUACUCUAUGUAACCCUUUCAAUAAAAAAAAUGAUUGUCCUAUAAUUUUAUUUAAAAGGAAGUUUGACAAACUGCAAUAUUAAAGUUAGCAUGAAACGGAA